AGUCUCAGAGGCACAAUGCCUCUCAAUACCAAUUGCAGGGGAGCAACAGCAGGAGAGGGGGCAUGCGCAUACCUCUUGCCUGGGGACUCACCAGAGGCAUCUGGGUCUGACCAGCUGAUGGGCUUGGCUGAUGUCUACACAGUGAAUUUGCUCACAAGAGCCUGCUUUUUCCUAAAGUACUAUAAUUGUUCAUCGACAAGAAGAAUGAAUCCUGCCAUCUAUCUGUGUUUGAUAUUGGUUGGCCUUUCUACUGUCACCCAUGGCCACCAUGUCACAGAGCGACAGAACAGCACUGCCCCUCACAAGCUAUCUGCAACUAUUCUUAAAUUUGGAUUUCAGUUAUAUCAGCAUUUUUCUUCUGCAUCACCUAACAAGAAUGUUUUCUUUUCACCCAUCAGUAUUACUUCCCCCUUAGUACUGCUAUCACUGGGGGCAAAAUCUGACACCCACACCCAGCUUCUAGAAGGCCUUGGCUUCAACCUGACCCAAAUCCAGGAGAAGGAGAUUCAUGAUGGGCUUCAUGAUACCUUCGCUGUGCUGACUCGCUCAGACAAUCUGGACAAAAUUGAUAUAGGACAGGCCCUGUUUUUAAAGGAUGAGCUAAACCCACUGCAGACCUUUUUGCAUGAUGUCAAAGAGCACUUUGAAGCAGAUGUGUUCCGUGCGAAAUUCCAGGAGCCCCAUGAAGCUGAGAAACAGAUAAAUGAUUAUGUCAAGAAUAAAACCCAUGGGAUGAUUGAGGAAUUAGUCAAGGGUCUCGACCAAGAAACUGUUCUAGUUAUAGUUAGCUAUAUAGUCUUUAAAGGUGACUGGAAGUUUCCUUUCGACCCAGAGUCGACAAGAGAAGAUGACUUCUUUGUGGAUAGUACAACCACCGUCAGAGUCCCAAUGAUGCACAGGCUAGGCUGGUUUCACUACUAUUUUGAUAGUGACCUGUCUUGCACGGUGUUACAAAUGGACUAUAAUGGUACUGCCACUGCAUUCUUUGUUCUGCCAGAAAAAGGAAAAAUGCAUCAGUUGGAGGCAGCACUCUCAGCAGAAACAGCAACAAAAUGGGCAGAAAAUAUCAGACGCGGCACUGCAAGCGUGUUCUUUCCGAAGUUUACUAUUUCCACCACUUCUCACCUAAAAGAAGCUCUCAUCAAAUUGGGCAUUGAUAUCUUCUCCAACCAAGUUGACCUGUCUGGAAUCACUGGGAAGCCUGACCUGAAAGUGUCAAAAGUUACCCAUAAGGCUGUGCUAACCAUUAAUGAAAGAGGUACCGAGGCAGCAGCUGCCACAGCUGUCGAAGCCAUUCCCAUGUCCUUGCCUCCAACCAUUUCUUACAACAGUCCUUUUCUGGUGAUGAUUUAUGAGAAAAACACCAAGACAACAGCCUUUCUUGGCAAGAUUGUAAACCCAAAGGAGUCCUAAAGUUCAAUAAAUUCUGAAUGUAGCUCCAGAAUAAAGCAUCUUUGCAGCCUGAA